AGUCACUGUGGCCCCGCGGAGAGCAGGGGCCUCGGGCCACUGGAGGCGCCCGCGCUGCAGCUGGGGGCUGGGCCCGUUCCCAGGUGCUCCGCUGGGAGCUAGUUCUUGCUCUUGAGGGGUUGCUGCUGAUGAGCACAGAGUAGAUAGAAUGAGUCAAAUGAAGGGUAAUGUGUCACCAAAUGGCAGUGAAGAGAAGAAACGGUUAUUCUUUCAGAGUUGCAAAGAUUGGGCCAUCAGAGUCCAGUAUAGAAAUAGUCUAUAUUUUGUGGCAGGUAUCAGAAUUGUUGUCAUCUCUUGCAAAUGUUGAAAAUGAACAACAGAAGCAUCAAUUGUUUUUGAAGGGAACACGUGUCUCUCUCUUCCAUACACUGCGUUCCGUAAUAAAAUCCAAUAACUGGAAGACUGCAGUAUAUAACAAGCAAAGCAUGUUACCUCCUGAGCCCACUACUUUGUUACACAAUUGGUCAGAAGAUGAUGUAGCAAAGAAGGAUGCUGAUUCACGAAGGACAACACUGAGAAGCCAAAACAGUUGUGUAUCCAUGCAUGUUAAGUGUCUGUCUAAAUCGAAGACUACAAAUUCUGCUGUAGAAGAAAACAAAAACACUGAUUGUGAUGGUCCACUGCCAGCGCAUAUGCUUCCUUAUGUGCUUUUAAUAAAAAAUUGUCUUCCUUUGUCAAUUUCUUCAAUCUAUUCCAAAUGUUGCAAAGCAGAGAUAUUAUGCAGGAUACUAUACUUUACGCAGAGACUCUGGAAAAAGAAAACACCCAAGCCCUCACCUCAGGAUCCUCCCAGUUCUGAAUUCCAGACCGCUGAAGAAACACAAUAUGUGAACUUCCUUAAUCUGAAGGAUCUGCAGUGGAAAUUCUAUAAAGGCAUUGUGAAAAGAAAACAGAAAGUGAGAGUUUUAUGGAGAGAAGCAAACUACAGACCUUUCAAGCCAUUCCAGGAAAAAAUCAGGAAUGAAGAAUACAUGCUCCUUUUGAUUCCUAAGAACUGGAUAAUUCAUGAUUCUCUUAAAUGAGUUUGUACAAUGCAAAUCCUGUUUACAUCAAACGAAUGAUGACUUUAAAUGAAGGGAGAAUGACUGCAGUUCUUCAGAAAAUUUAAAUAAAAAUGUCAAGACAUUA